ACUCUCUGGCACGGUACAGAUUAGGGCUGUGUCUCAGAGGGCACUUCCUCCCGUCCUGUGUCUGUGUCCGGUCCACAGCAGGAGAGGGGAGCGGGCAGCUGCGCCCAGACGCCGGCCUGCCUCCCAGAAUGGUGGGGAAGAUGGAGAUGGGACCGCGUCCCUCCGCCGGGAGAUCACAGUAUCCAUGAAAAUCAUUUCGCCGUCCUGCUUUAGAGAUGGUGACCUGAAAAAAUGUCUGGAUUUCUAGAAGGCUUGAGAUGCUCAGAAUGCGUUGAUUGGGGGGAAAAGCGCAAUACUAUUGCUUCCAUUACUGCUGGUGUUCUAUUUUUUACAGGCUGGUGGAUUAUCAUAGAUGCAGCUGUUAUUUACCCAACUAUGGAAGAGUUCAACCACUCAUACCAUGCCUGUGGUGUUAUAGCAACCAUAGCCUUCCUGAUGAUUAAUGCAGUAUCGAAUGGACAAGUCCGAGGUGAUAGUUACAGUGAAGGUUGUCUGGGUCAAACAGGUGCUCGCAUUUGGCUGUUUAUUGGUUUCAUGUUGGCCUUUGGAUCUCUGAUUGCAUCUAUGUGGAUUCUCUUUGGAGGUUAUGUUGUUAAAGAAAAACCUACCGUAUACCCUGGAAUUGCUGUAUUUUUCCAGAAUGCCUUCAUCUUUUUUGGAGGACUGGUUUUUAAGUUUGGCCGCACUGAAGACUUAUGGCAGUGAAAGCAUUUCCUACAGACAGGAGCCCUGCAUGGCAUUUUACUGCGCACUCCCAGUCUGUCGUAAUGUCAUUUUCUAAACUUAUUUCUGAGUGUAGUCUCCGCUUAAAGUUGUGUCAUACUAAAAUCAUGAGAACUUCCAGUUUAAAUAACAGAAUAAUCUAUUGUGGUUUGCACUUGAUUAACUUAUAAAAUGUUAAAGGAAAAUAUUUCACACAAGUAAUUUUUUAUAAAAUUUCAUCAUGGUAUAACUUGUAAAAAUAAAAAGAAAUUAUGGCUGUAUCAAUAUGAGUAUUUGUCACACCUGAGGUCCAAAACUACAAUUAAAGUGCUCUAAAGAUUUAAUGUAUUUAUUUAAAUGUGGCAUCUUCAGUGUUAAUGUUAAAUGAAAUAUAAAUAUUUUCUUGUUCUUAAAAACUA